AGGUCACUGCGAGGUCGUCGUCUGCUAGUAACAUCAAAAAUGGCGCAAAUGGUGAGGUGUAAAAUCGGUCUGUUUUCAAUAAGACUUAUAAAUCAAAAAGUGCCACGUGUUAUUUUACCUAUAAAUCUUCAACGAUUAUGUUUUCAUACAAGUCAAAUAUUCGAUGCGAAAGGCAAACCUAUUUUGAUGCCUUCACUUUCACCAACAAUGGAAAUGGGAACAAUUGUCAAAUGGAUGAAAAAAGAGGGCGAUCCAAUUGCAGCUGGAGAUGCACUUGCUGACAUACAGACCGAUAAAGCAGUUGUCACUAUGGAAUAUGACGAUGAGUGUGUUCUCGCCAAAAUAGUCGUCGAAGAAGGAGCGAAAGAUAUCAAAGUCGGUUCAUUAAUUGCAUUAGUUGUGGAUGCCGAUGAAGAUUGGAAAAGUGUAGAAAUGCCUGAUUCUGUUUCAACAUCAUCUGCAUCAUCUACACCAUCUCCUGCCGUUACUGAUACUUCUGCACCUGUUCAAGCUGCUGAACCACCUCCUGGACAGCAAAAUAUUUCAAUGCCAGCACUAUCACCGACAAUGACAUCGGGAACAAUUGUAAAAUGGUUGAAAAAAGAGGGCGAUGGAAUAGAACCUGGUGAUGCAAUCGCGGAAAUUCAAACAGACAAAGCAGUCAUGACUUUUGAAAUGGAUGAAGAGGGUGUCCUUGCAAAAUUUUUGGUUCCUGAAGGUGCACAAGCAGAUGUUGGACAAUUAAUAGCAAUUGUAGUUGAAAAGGGAAUGGAUUUAAAUACGAUUGUAAUUCCCGUUGUGACAAAAGCAGCUUCAGGGGAUGUGAGCGCUGCAAAGAAAGCUCCAGCUAAAGAAAAAACUACAGCUCCCGCAACUUUGGCUCCUUCUUCCAAACCUCCACCCAGUGGCCAAGUUUAUGGCUUGGCUGUGAAGCGACUAUUGGAAGAAUAUGGUUUAAGUUCAGGAUCAGUUAAAGGAACUGGACGACCAAAUCGUCUUUUAAAAAGCGAUGUUUUAACUUUUAUUGAAAGCAAUAAUGUUCAAAAAGUAUCUUUGAAAUCGGAACCCAUGGUGGGUGUUAAGAAAAGUGUAGAUUCAAUUAUUUCAACCCGGACAAGAAGAUCAACUGGCCCAUCUACUUAUAAGGAUCUAGAAGUAUCGAAUAUUAGAGCCGUUAUUGCAAAACGACUCGGCGAAUCAAAGAGCAAUAUUCCUCAUUCCUACGCGAGUAUACAAAUAAAAAUUGAUAAACUCAAUGAAGUACGAAGUAAACUUCAAGCUGAUAAUGUGAAAGUAUCAGUCAAUGAUUUUGUGACAAAGGCAGUUGCUCACGCACUUUUAGAAUGUCCGGAUAUUAAUUGUUUAUAUCAAAAUGGACAGACGGUGCGAGCUCAAAGUGUUGACGUUUCCGUAGCAGUUGCAACUCCAAAUGGAUUAAUUACACCAAUUGUUUUUAAUGCUGCAACAAAAAGUCUUAGUGAUAUUUCGGCAAAUAUUCGAGAACUUGCAGUUAAAGCUCGAGAGGGAAAAUUAAAACCACAAGAAUUUCAAGGAGGAAGCUUCACGAUCUCCAAUCUUGGAAUGUUUGGCAUUUCGGAAUUUUCCGCUAUUAUAAAUCCACCGCAAACUGCAAUUUUGGCUGUUGGAACCGGAAGAUCUGAAUUAGAUGUUUCACUAGCGAAAACAACUUUAAUGACUGUAACGUUAUCGUACGAUCGUCGAGCAAUUGACGAGGAUCAAGCUGCCGAUUUUUUGUCAGUACUUCGUGCCAUGUUAGAGGAUCCUACUUUUCUAGCAGUAGGCAGAGCUAAAGCCCUUCGAUAUCGACGCGAAUAAAUUAAUUUUGCAAGUUUUCACUAAACAAAAACUCGCACUGCCUUUGUAAACAAAAAAAAAAAAAAAAGAAAAAAACAAUUGUACAAAUGCGAAACUCUUCUUUUUUAAGAUCAGUUUCUUAGAUAAUUGUUAAGUAUCGAGCCGAUCGUUUAUUAUAAUCGAUCGGAUGUCGCAGUUGCUAACGAGUUCGUCCAAAUAAUCCCUAACUCUAUAAAAAUGAAAGUAAUUCCAAUUUAAGAACUCGAUAGUUCAGUCUGCAACGUAGCUAGAAACCUUACAAAAUAAAAACCCUCAAUUGAAAUGUGAAUAAAGAGCUAGAAAAACAAAUUUCUUUUAAAAUCAAUUUUGCUAAACGAAAAUUCAAUCACCGGAAAUUGUAAAUGUUCAACUUGUAAAUAAAGUAUUUAUUGUCCA